AUGGCAAUUUCCACCCUAGACAAAGUCAUUCUGAAGAACAUGAGGUUCGACAUUCCCGUCGGCCUCGAUGCCUGGCGUCGAUUCCACAAGCCCCAACCUGUCUCGAUCACCAUAGAGGCUCAGCCAACAUCCACUCUCGAGCCGGCUGCUUCCAAGGACGACGUCAACCUCUCCAUGGACUAUGGCAAGUUAUACAAGGAAAUCUCAUCGGCCUUCAAUCACGCCGAUCCCGAGGCCUUCCCAACCAUCUAUACCCUCAUCGCCCUGCUCUCGAACAUGGUGCCGAACUGUGGUCAACUCACUAUCGACAUUUCUCUUCCCAAGGCUUUGUUGCAGGCCAGGGGCGGCGUGCUCUAUCAAUAUCAGGUCGACAAGUCAGAACUAGAAAUCGACACAUCAAGCCUGAUUGUCACAGUCAAGCAGAUUGCCUGCAACUGUAUCGUCGGUGUCAACCCCCACGAGCGUCUCUACAAGCAGACGGUAUUCAUCGACAUCAGCGUACCUCUCGUGAACCGGGCGUUGGGAGUUGCUGCUCUGGAAGAACACUACACGGCCGCUCUGCAUGACAUGACUCAGACAGUAUGUGAACGAGUGGCGGGCUCCGCAUACCACACGAUUGAAUCACUGGCCACUGCCGUGGCUCAAAUUGUGACAAUCGACUAUGGACAUACAGUUGCCAAAGUCCGCAUCGAAAAGCCCAGCGCCAUUGCUCCCAUCGAAGCCGCCGCAGUCGAAAUCACCCGCAGCAAAUCAUUCUUCGAAAACAAAGACUUCUGGAAGGUCAAGCUUCCGUAA